AUGGCAGACUUUGACCCUACCUCUGUCAAUCUCGACACAGCCGACCCAGCACAGAUCAUCUGCUACAUAAACGCUAGCAGCAAUGAAUACAAUGGCCACAUGGGAGCACGGAUCUCAUCCAUCUUCGUGAUCCUCGUCUGUUCCACCCUGGCAACCCUCUUCCCCAUCGUGGCUCGUCGCACACCAAGCCUCAAAAUCCCCGUGUACGUGUAUCUAUUUGCACGCUACUUUGGUACCGGUGUCAUCUUAGCUACUGCUUUUGUACACUUGCUCGAUCCUGCCUAUGAUGAGAUUGGUCCCGCUUCCUGUGUCGGCAUGACGGGCAACUGGGCCGUGUACUCGUGGCCUCCGGCUAUUGUAUUGACGUCUGUGGUGGUUAUCUUCCUGAUGGACUUUGCUGCCGAGCUCUACGUCGAGUCCAAGUAUGGCGUGAACAACGAAACCAACAACAUGACUGGACGAGCAUCGAUUGUUCAAGAGCAUGACCACGCUCUACCGGAAAACAUCGAUGCCAGCACUAACACCAGAAAAGUCGCCGAGACAAACUACAACGGCAGCGACAGCAACAACAAGGACUGGGACACAUGGAGCGACAUGGACUCCACCACCGCCGAAAAGUCCUUCCAGCAACAGAUCGCCGCUUUCCUCAUCCUCGAGUUUGGUGUCAUGUUUCAUUCUGUUAUCAUCGGGCUAAAUCUGGGCGUUGCCGGCGAUGAAUUCAAGACCUUGUACCCCGUCAUCGUCUUCCAUCAGAGCUUCGAAGGUCUCGGAAUCGGCGCCAGAAUGUCCGCCAUCCCCUUCAAGCGCGGUAGCUGGUUGCCCUGGAUUUUCAGCGCGGUGUAUGGUCUGACAACACCCAUCGCAAUCGCAAUCGGUCUCGGGCUACGCAAGACGUACAACCCCGGCUCAAACACGGCUAAUAUCGUCUCUGGCGUCUUUGACUCUGUCUCGGCUGGCAUAUUGAUCUAUACUGCUCUUGUGGAGUUGCUGGCUAGGGAUUUCUUGUUUGAUCCUUGCAGGACCAAUGAUCGUCGCCGGUUGGCUUUUAUGGUUAUCACCACGAUUUUGGGUGCGGGUAUCAUGGCGCUUUUGGGUAAAUGGGCUUAG